AUGUCAGACGAAGAAUGAGCUCCUUUUAAUCAAGAUGAAAUUGAUAUUUUUGGUAACGAUCUCUGAUGUGAACAAGACUAUUUAGCUCCUUUUUGGCCUUCAACAGACACAAGGAGUGAAGGACUUCUUAAUAGUUUUGACAUAAGAAAUGAUGAUGUUUUGUAUGAUCUAGGAUGUGGAGAUGGUAGAAUAUUAAUAGAGGCUGUUAGAAAAGGCGCUAAUAAAUGCAUUGGAAUUGAAUAUGAUGAAGCUCUUGUAGAGAAAGGGAAAGAAAAAGUUCGAGAAGCUGGACUGGAAGAUAAAAUUGAAAUAAAGCACGGGAAUUUUUUGGAGAUUGAUCUCAGUGAUGCUACAUUAAUAUAUGUUUUUUUAUUGCCGAAAGCUGUUGAAUUAUUAACGCCCAGAUUUGUAGCAUUAAUGAAUGCUGGUAAAUUGAGAAUUAUAGGUUCAGUUUUAUAUGAGUUAAAAGAAUGGCCAUAUAGUUUUAUAUCAAAACCAGAAAUAGCAAGUUUUUUAUAUUUCAAGGAAAUGCCUAAUCUGACGAAUAAUCAAUAA